UUGUACAAGUUUGAAUGUUGUGGACAAGAUGACUGCAGAAAGUUUUGUUUUUAUGACCACAAAACACCUGCCUGGGCUCAGAGGGAAAGUAAACACCAGAGGCAGAUUGAUGCAGAUUAUAAAUGUGUGCCGAUUUCGCAACGGUGUCAAAUCGCGUGUUAUCAAGCCCCUGGCCUGUUUCUUUACUUCUUCUCGUACCAUGGCCAAGAGCAAGUUUGAAUAUGUGCGUAACUUUGAAGUAGAUGACACCUGUUUGAGAAACUGCUACAUUGUCGUGAGGCUGGAUGGGCGCAACUUCCACAAGUUUUCAGAGCAGCACAAGUUCACCAAACCCAAUGACAACAGGGCCCUGGGCCUGAUGGCCCGCAGCGCCCGCUCGGUCAUGGAGGAGCUUGAGGAUAUUAUCAUUGCCUAUGGACAAAGUGAUGAGUUUAGUUUUGUUUUCAAGAGGACCUCCAACUGGUUCAAGAGGAGAGCUAGCAAGCUGAUGACCCAUGUGGCCUCGCAGUUCUCAUCCUCUUAUGUCUUUUACUGGAAAGAGUUUUUUGGAGAGCAGCCUCUCCUCUACCCACCAGGAUUUGAUGGACGUGUGGUACUGUAUCCUAGCAACCGCAACCUGAAAGACUAUCUGAGCUGGAGGCAAGCAGACUGUCACAUAAAUAAUUUGUACAACACAGUCUUUUGGACUCUUGUGCAGAAAGGUGAACUAACCACAGUUCAAGCAGAAGAGCGCUUAAAGGGAACGUUAGCUGCUGACAAAAAUGAAAUCCUGUUCUCAGAGUUUGACCUCAACUACAACAAUGAAGCGGCCAUCCAUAGGAAAGGCACAACUCUUAUCUGGGAAAAGCAUGAUGAAACUGUUACCAAACAAAUAAAAGGAGUGAAUGACGAGAGGAAGGACGUACACGUGACCCGGAGCAAGAAGAUUGUGCAGGCCUACCACUGUGACAUAAUAGGAGAAGAGUUUUGGCAGCAACACUCAAACAUUCUAGAAGACGAUGGCUGUUAGUGUUGUGAAAAAUAAACACACAUCACGUGGCUGAGAGUCGUUUGGAUCACUUUGUUUACUAAAAGUGGAAGUCAAGUCAGAAAUGCUCUUUACAAGAACAUGUUCCAUGCGACCCCUGGAUUGUGAAUUACGCAGUAAAGUCCACCCAUUUUUAUCUAUUUUAGGCGCCGGUCAUUGCGCCGCUUGUAGUCGACUGAAAAUGACACUGCACAUGCAGUACAGUGCUUAACCUGAAGAUGGCGCCACACCGACGGUUUGUGACCCAAGUUUCAACAAAGGCUUAAACGGGGGUAGGGAACUCCGCUUCCUCGAGAGCCAUAUGCUGCUUGUUUUAGAUUUCGCUGUACUUCAACAUGUCUGAUUCAAAUUAUCAGCUCUUCAGCAAACUCUGUAGAGGCCUGAAACGAUCAUGAACAAUUGAAUCAAAUGUGUCGGAGGAGGGAGGCUAUCUCAAACACAGGCUAUGGCUCUGGAUGAACCGGAGUUUCAAACCCGUGCACAAAAAUGUCAAAAUAAUGACCAGGACCUGUACACAGCAUUAGUAGACAACCGUUUAUACAGUUUCUCAGCAAAAAAAUAAAAUAAAAUGAUAAGACCCCUUUUAAUCCAUUGAAUCCCAAAUGAAUAUUACACAAACACGAUAUUACUCUGAAUGCGAAAACUGAUUUUUGUCGUGCGCCACAUCAUAAUUGGAGGGCCAUUAUGACUGUGUGAACCUAAAUAAAAUGUAUGAUAGCCUCAUAUUACACACACUGUACGCAACAAAAUGAUAACUAGUUUUGAAAUCAGAGGCCAGUAAAAAAACAUUGUUCAAAUAUUACACUUAACGUAUUUUAAUGGGGAUUGGUGAAAAAAAAAUGUUCGCAAUAUAUCUCAACAUCUUUGAAGACGGCCCUGCUAGAGGUGAGGAGAACAUGCAUUUCCCAAAACCCGUCCCUGUUGUAGUUCAGAAAUGUUACCAUGAAAGGUGCUGUUGCACAAUGCAAUCAAUCUCUGCAUCAGUGAGCCACAGCACAAGAAUAAUAUGUGUGUGGGCGGGAGGGGUUAUUCAAACAAUUAAAUCACGCACACUAUUGGAUUAAGAUUAAAAAAGAACAUCAAUAUAAAGCACUGACUCCAGGACUAGAAUUGAAAAGAUUUUUUUUUCCUCUGCUUUUUUACUCUUCACAUGACCACAAAAGUCACCUGCAGUCCAGGAUUUUUUUCUCUCACAGGGCUAAAGGGGGGCUUGAUCGAUACAUGUUGGUCUAAAAAAAUAAUUUCAAAUAUAUAUUUUAGAAGAUCAAAUAAGAUGCUGGAGGUCCUCAACUGAGCUACAAAGAUAUUUGACAGGCAUGUAGCACCCCUACCCCGGUGGAGCCCCAUCCCUGCCUGACGGCACAUCCGUGUCAGGUGUGUGCAUGUACAAAAUUUAUGUCGUCAAACCAUCAUAUUUGGGCGGGACUAGGUCCUUAACUCAGCCCAAAAUCAAGCGUGUGGUUCUGCUAUUCACAGGGCUAUUUUUUAACCACUCAUCCACAGCUUCCCCAAAGACUAAAGCUACUUAUAAACUGUAUCAUGCACUCACAACCAAUCAUUAUUUUUUGCCAAAGACAUUAUACAUUGUUCACACACCGCACUCAGUGUGCUUGAAGUACAGUACACACUAAAACGCUUGGCAGGAGUGCUCUGUCUUGUCUCACUGCCAGGACGCCAUUUAGAGAAGUGAAUGGAUUUGUGGGCCUGCACUGCCAUCAGUGCUAAGAAUACCCUCACACACCCGGAGUACACUCGAUCCCCCUGACAUGUGCUCCGUGGCAUAUUUAUCAUUGCACUUCUAAAUGACAACCUCGAUAUGAAUGGCUGCGGCGGAGCGACCCGGCUGCAUUUCAUUUCUGUCAUAAUCUCACUACAGCAACUGUAAGUGCUUUAUUUUUGGGUCAGGUGACUUCUCUCAAGCUCCUGUAGAUACCCCACAAAUGCUUCAGAUCUGUAUGGCCAAUGAAUGAAUGUUGCACUGGUGUUCUUAAAU